UCUUUAGAAGAGCUAGGCUUGAGGUAUCAUUGGCUGUCGUCUUGAAGUGUAUUCUACAAUUAUGGGCGUUCCGUUCGAGGCCCUUCUCCCUUAUGGGAUUAUCAUGGUGAUGUUCGGUGUCACUGGGGUCGGGCUGUCGACGGUGAAGUACUAUUCGAAUGAAAGAAAAAACCCAAGACGGGCUAUUGAUAUGUGGGAUAAGCAAAUGAUGGAACGGGAUCGACGGAUCACGGGAAUAUUUAGAGGGCAAAAUAACGGCCAUGAGGCGCCAGUAGGAUUCGAGGUUAACAACCCAUGGAAGACGGAGAAACGAUUUUACUAAAACAUACUUUCCCCCCUUUAUACUGUGUCAUAGCUACACUUGCUUUGCAACUUUGCGAGAUCAAAGGAAGAAAAGCAGCUGUAUUCCUACAUUUGAACAGGAGAAUUGGCUGCGUGGUUUAGACUUGUUUAUAUUGACGUCUGAAUUUCUGCCACCCCACCCUUAAUUCCCCGAACCUCCAUUGGAUGGAGAUGUACAUUAAACCAUUUCCCCAAUGCAGAAACUCUAUCCGCUUCAGAAUUUAGAGUCGCGAUCUUCUCUAGAUUACCA